AUGUCAUAUAAAAAUCACCUAAGUGGAAACAGUAGAUAUAUAGAAGAUGAAAAUGUGGGAAAUACUGAAAAAAAAAUAAAAGACAAUAUUUUACUAAUAAAAAAAAAUAUGAUAUAUGCCGAAGAGAAUUUAGAAAACUUAAAAAACAAUUUAAUAUCAAAAAGAAUAAUUGAGUCAUUACAUGAAGAAAUACAUCAAAUAUAUGUAAAAGUUAUAGAAACUGAAAAUUUAUUUCGUGAUUGGGAAAUAAAGUUUUCUGAAAAUCCAUUUGAAAAACAAAAAAAAAAAUAUAUUUUUGAAAAAUUAAAUAUACAUUUUAAAAAUGAAGUUAAUAAAUUAGAGAAUAUAUCAUUGAAUGUGAAAAGAGCAGCUAAUGAGUUGCCAAAUAUAGAAAAUGGAGAAAUGCGUCAAAAUUUGAAUCAUAUAAAAAAAAAAAAUUCCCAAAAAACGAAUAGCAAUGGUAAUAUAUAUGGCAAUGGCAAUGGAAAUGGAAAUGGUAAUGGAAAUGGUAAUGGAAAUGGAAAUGGAAAUGGAAAUGGAAAUUAUUAUAAUAGUAGUAGUUUUAUUUCUAGCGAAUUUGGUGAAGAUAAUUUUAUUUUAAAUUUGGAUAAAACAUAUGAAAAUAAUGAAGAAUUUAUAGAAUCCUCAAAUUUUUAUGAUUAUGAAUUAGAUCAGUUUAAUGAAAAUGAUUUAUUAAUAGAAAGCGAAAUAGCUAAUGAGCGAUAUAAAGGAAUUAAAAAAAUUCAAGGUCAAGUUGCACAAGCUCAAGAAGUUUUUAAAGAUUUGGCAAAUCUUGUAUUUUCUCAAAAAGAAACAUUAGAUAGUUUAAAUAAUAAUAUAUAUGAAACGAAUGUAAAUACAUUUAACACUACUAAAGAAUUAAAAAAAACUUAUAAUAGUGUAAGACAACAACGUAUUUCAUGGUGCUUAGCCUUUAUAACAAUAGGAAUAUUUAUAUAUUUUAUUUAUUUCAAAUUAAUGCAUAUAACCAUACUUGGAUAA